AUGCAGAUGUUUGCUGCAGCAGCAGCAGCAGCAGCAGCAGCAGCAGCAGUGGCAGCAACUGCUGCUGCUGCUGUAGCUGGUGCUGCAGCAGCAAAAGCAGCUGCUGCAGCAGCAGCUGCUGCUACAGCUGCUGCUGCUGCAGCUGUAGCCGAAUGGCAGAGGCAGAGGGUAGUAGGCAGCACAUCACUGGGAGGCAAUGCUGCUGCUGCUGCUUCAGCAGCAGCAGCAGCAGCAGCAGCGGCAGCAGCAGCAGCAGCAGCGGCAGCAGCAGCAGCGGCAGCAGCCGCUGCAGCAGCAGAAGUGUUCUCAUCUUUUGGGUGGGGAGCGCUCACUGUGGGGCUGCUGCUGCUUCUUGUUUUUGCUGCUGCAGUUGCUGCUGCUGCUGCUGCUGCUGCAGGCACUUUUUUGCUGCUGCUGCUGCUGCUGCUGCAGCAGCAGCAGCAGCAGCAGCAGCAGCAGCAGCACCUGCAGCAGCAGGAGUUGCUGCUGGAGCUGCUGCAGCAGCAGCUGCUGCUGCAGCAGCAGCAACAGCACCUGCAGCAGCAGCAGCAGUGGGAUUUUUGCUUAUCUAUUACGCGGGGCCGUCGGUAG